ACUCUCGACCGUCUCCUUUUGAUCAGCCGCCUCUCUAUAUAUAGCCACCACGCAAACUGCCAUUAUUCUCCUGCGACGACGUCGGAGGGAGAUCCUCUGUCUCUCCCUUAAGCCCCACUGCUUCUCCCUUCUCCCAAUCCGGUCUCACCUCUCUCGGAGCGAAACCCUUGAUUUCUUUCCCUGCUAUCGGAUCGAUCGAAGAAGCCACCAAGCCAGCGACUCUCUUGUGCCCUAAUCUGCGCUGCCUAGCCCUCGGUCUCGCUCUCGCUAGCUCCUCGGCCUCGCUCUGUUUCCGUGGAUUCCCAUCUUGAUCGGGGGAAUGGCGGUGAUCAACAUGGCGGCGAAAUAUAAAACAACGGUCAAAGAGCCUGGGAUUCCAGGAGUGCUCAAGAUGUCUGAGGAAAAAAUUAUAUUCAUUCCAAACGAUCCUAGGUCAGCAAUGAAGCUUAAUGUGGAUUUUAGAAGCAUUAAAGGAUGUUCACAGAUUCACUCAAGUUUCACAUGAUCUCUUGACCUAUUUUCUCUGUUUGUGUGUAAAGAUCUUUCCCAGACUACAAUCUACGAUUCCAGGUCACAAGUUCAGCAAAGAUGGUUCCAAACAAGCAUUGUUAAAUCUUACACAAGAUUCUGAGAAGGGUGGAGGCUACAUUUUUGAGUUUGACAAAUUUUCUGACCGCAAUGUUUGCCGAGAUUUUGUAGGAAAAGUUCUAGGGAAGUUUCAGGCUAUGAUGUCCUCUAAACAGAAUGAACAACCAGUGCCUGAAAAACCUGCUGCUACAAUGCAUGGUGAACAACUCAGCACCACAGAGAUGGAGCACCGAAUGAAGUUGUUGAGAGAGGAUAGUGAAUUGCAGAAACUACACAAGCAGUUUGUCAUUGGUGGUGUGUUAACGGAAUCUGAGUUUUGGGCAACAAGAAAGAGUUUACUUGAUGAUGAUGCGCAGAGAACAUCAAAGCAGCAAGCAGGAUUCAAAAGUGCUAUGCUUGCAGAUGUUAGGCCAUCGACUGAUGGUCGGACCAACAAAGUCACCUUUAGCCUUACCCCAGAGAUCAUUCACCAGAUUUUUGCUGAAAAGCCUGCUGUUCAUUGGGCAUUUCUGAAUUUCGUCCCAAGCAAAAUGACAGAAAAGGAUUUCUGGACAAAAUAUUGUAGAGCAGAAUACCUUCACAGGACAAAAAAUUCUGUGGUUGCUGCAGCAGAAGCAGCUGAGGAUGAGGAACUUGCUGUAUUUCUAAAGAAUGAUGACAUAUUGGCCAAUGAAGCCCGCCGUAAGAUUAGACGGGUCGAUCCAACACUAGAUAUGGAAGCUGAUUUAGGGGAUGACUACAUUCAUCUUCCUGAUCAUGGAAUUCUUCGGGAUGGUAGUAAGGAGACUGUUGAUGCUGAGAAUGACAUAGCUAGGAGGACCCUCUCACAGGAUCUUAAUCGACAUGCAGCUGUUGUUCUUGAAGGAAGGGCAUUAGAUGUGGAGUUGGGAGACACACGGACAGUAGCUGAAGCACUUGCAAGGUCUAAACAGGCAGAGUCGUCUGCUGAAACCUCAGAUGAGAAGACAAACCAAGAACGAUUGAAGAGGGUUUCUCGAAUGACUGAGAUUGAGGAUCUCCAGGCUCCCCAUAGCCUCCCAUAUGCACCACUCUGCAUCAAGGAUCCACGGGAGUACUUUGAUUCACAACAAGCCAAUGCUCUCAAAGCUUUAGGAGAUACUGACGCUAGAAUCAAACCCAUUGAUUGCAGCCUAAGCACUGAGGAGGCAUACAUUUAUUUGAUGGAGCAGAUUUCUGAGGUGAAAGUCCGAGGGUUGAAUAAUCCAGUUGUUCAACCUGAAGCAGCUCUCAAGGUUCUUAAUGGGUUGAAUCAGUAUCUUUCAAGUACCAAAUAUCAUCUUGGAAAGAACCCUCAGGAGAGUGUCCUGGACAGGCUGCCAAACAGGACUAAAGAUGAACUUAUGCAUCACUGGACAUCAAUUCAGGAGUUGCUACGGCAUUUCUGGUCAUCAUAUCCUAUUACAACCACAUACCUUUAUAAUAAGGUUUUAAGAUUGAAGGAUGCUAUGACACAGAUCUAUCAUAAGCUACAGGAGACAAAGGAAUCUGUUCAGUCAGAUUUCCGGCAUCAAGUUUCUCGCCUUGUUCAGCCCAUGCUCCAGGCCUUGGAUGCUGCCUUUGCUCACUAUGACACAGAACAGCAGAAGCAGUAUAAUAAAGGUGUCAGUAAACCAAAUGGAUUUGUCCAAUAAAGCUUGCAAUUUUAUGAUAUUAUGUGUACAUGUAAUUAAAUUUUGAUGUUGAUAAAGUUGUUUCUUCACCAAAUUUUCAAUGCUAGAGCUGGCAUGCCUGCAUGCUUCUCAUCUGUCUUGAGACUUCAUUCCAAGCAUGUAUCGGGCUUUUCAUAUGUAUUUCAAGGUCAUGAGCUUUCAUCUUUCUCAUUUGGAAGUCUAUAUUUCAAGUUCAUAUGAUCUUGUUACAGGGACUUUACCUGUGUAAUCUUUAUGCCAUACAGAAAAAUACUGUAUUUAUGUAGCCUUUUAUUCAUUUAUUCAAACGGGCACAAAUGUGCGGCAGUGCUGUUUUCAUGUGAAUUUUACAUAUCACAAAUAUGGUUCUCGUCAUCAAAUCAUAUAUAUUGAUACCUGAUAUAGUUUAUUUGGACUCAA